UGUACAGAGAGAGACACACACCGCUGCCUGACUGUCAGACUGACUCAGGACCGAGACACUUCACACCACAGGACUACUGGACCUCAUUUCACUGCAAGAAAGGACUCGUGUUUGGGUUGAGAUAUUAGGUGAGUUAAUAUAUUUUACUCUGUGCGGUUUGUUAAUUCAUAACUCAGACUCAUGUAGCUCAGACACCUGACUGAAGAGCUGUUUUUGAAGAGUAACCUGGGGAUUGUGGUGUGAGCUCCAAACUUGAAGUAAAAGUUAAAGAGUGAAAGAGUUUGGUCUCAUUGUAAAGCUGCACUGUCCUGAUAGGGAUAUCAUGCUGUCUGACUUUCUGUUAGAUAACACCUUUUGAAGCGGUUUAAGGUAUGUGAACACGUGCUUAAUCUCGAGUUUUAAUUGUUAUCAAACUUUGUCCGAGCAGAGUCAGACAUCUGGACUUGUCUCAGCUCAUUGAUAACAAAUGAUGUGUAGGGGAGACCGGGGUAAGUUGAGCCACCCCCAGAAAUGGAUCAUGUGACCAAAUAUUUAGGAGAUGGGCAUCAAUUCAUGGAGUCUGUGAAGGUUAGAAGCUCAUGGGUGAAGGGAUUAGACAUUUAUUUCCAAAAAAAAGUCUGUCAUAAGUUUUAUUAGAAUUGUGUUCAGACCAAAAAAGAUCAUUUUACAUUUGUUUUAUAUAUCUAUGUGGUAUCUAAGAGCUAAAACAUAAAAAACCUUGCAUAAAACAAACAUAAAAGUCCACCAUUUUAGUUUAGAGGACUAAUAAAGUCACAAUAGUAGAUCUGGGGUAACUGAGAAAGUAAAGGAGUCUGAUUAGAGGAUCAGAGUUUCAGUUCAGAUUGUUGAAAUACACAUGAAUGUAAAGAAGUGACUGUUGUUUAGGGAGAGAGAAGGUGAGGGAGGGCUUACCCAACUCCUAUGGUCAACCUACCCCAUACACGGGGUAAGUUGACCAUAGGAGACCACUUUUUUUGGCAUGCUAUAUUAUCAAGACAGUUAUGUUUACACUCAUUCUGUUGGUUUGCAGGGAUGAACAACAUCUUGAAAUAUAUGCAGAUACACUAGUUAGAGACAAAACUAUGAUUGCCUUGAUGUAGUGACCUGAAAUAUGAAAAAUGGCUCAUCUUACCCCACUCUCCCCUAUCUCUAAAAGCCUCAAAGCUAUGCCAUCUCAUUCAGAGUGGACUAUUUUUGUGUUCAAAGGAAGUAAAAAGGAGUAGAGUAAAAGUAGGGUUUACAGUCAUUCCUCACCGAGGUUUUUUCUUUGUUGUUUAAAUCCCAUCAUUAUCUAAAAGUGGUCUUGUCGGUACAAGUUAAUGAACUUUGCCCAGUAUUUGAAUUCUUUGCAGCCAUGGUGAAGGCUGACUCCACCUGCUCAGCAGCUUCCAACACUGUAAUAGCCCUGGGUCUGUCUUUGGGGCUGCAGGGACAGAAAUUGCAUAAUAAAGAAAGGUGUGGUAGCAACAAGCUGUACUACCAGACUACUGAAAGCUCAGCUCCUGACAGAAACUACAUACAAACCCUUUCUGCUGUGAUUGAUAUGCAGCAAGUGCAACUGAUCAAAUACAGAGGUGAGACUUUGAUAAACUCUUGGUUGUGGAUAAAGCAGGUCAGGCAGCCAGACAAGGACUUAUCAGGGAAGGAAGCUACGAGAGAAUUAUGUUGUGAGGCUGUGUGAACUCCUCAGCAGGAAUCAUCUGCUUCUCCGUCUGCUCCAUUUCAACACACUCCUUGAGCCUUCUGUCUGGUGUGAUUCAUAUGUCUUGGAGGAUGAUGCAUGAUGUGUUCAGCAACAUUUUUGAGAGGGUAAACAGAGUCAUACAAACAGUGGCGGUUUUACUUCCCACUGCUGUAUGAGCAAUCGUUUCCUGUGUGCGUUACAGCUGUUGAGGAACUAGAGUGGCCCACUCUGUUCAGUUGUAAAACCAGAUUUUACGGAGGAUAAAGUCUGCCGGUCAACGUGCUAACAUCUAAACAUUCGAGUCAGUGGUGUCUGACCUGAACACUGAGGACCUGUGGGAUUUACGCCCAUGGAGAUUAACGUCAUCAGUAUGUAUAAACAUUCAUCUUCAAACCGUCUUAUCUCUGUCUCACAUCUCUCAGGGAUCUCCCCUCUUUAGGACUAAUUUAUGACGAUGAUGUAGUGUACAGAAUAUGCUAAGAUGCACUGAGGAGUGUUCUGCUCCUUCUAGAUGUGUUUCUUUGCUUGCAAAUACUCUCUUGUAUUAACAAAUGGUUGGAGGCGAAUACCUGGUCAUGCUUAUUGGUUACAGGCUAAUCAUUUCCGUUUAACAAAUACAGCUAUUCUCCAGAAUGAAAAGACUAAAACAUCACUUGAUCACAAGGCUGAGUGAGAAACAAGAAUACACAAGUGGAGCAGAGGCUUUUAACUGAAUUUACAUACAGACUUCCACAUUUUUCUAACUGUUUCUGACUGUUGCUAAAUGUUAAAAGAAACCUUUUUUGCAUGAUUAUUUUAAACAGCACUUUGGUCACUUUAAUAGAAGAUCGUGCGCCAGUGUUGGCAAUUCCCAGCUUUAUCAGACAUUGAUUUAAUCGGUUUGUGUAAAUGACAAACAGUUCUUCCAUUGCAGCCAAUUUAUGAUCUUAAUACAGAUGAUUCCAACCAAAAUCCUUAAUAGUUGAUGAGUACUUUGACUUAAACGUGUCUCAGCUGUAGAUGACGCACCAAAGUAUUUCAUGAACCUUUCAGCUUUCUGUCAACACCAUCACUAAAGCCUCUGCUGGCUUAGAUUGACUCGCAAUUGAGUGUUACAUAUUCAAGUCUUGAUGGGCCAUACUCUGUAAUAGCUUCCUUAAUCUUAUGCGGCUUUUACUGUCAUGUACUGAGUUGAUAGUCUUCGCGUUUUGAAUGAUAUAAGAUAUUAUACUUUAACAUUGUCAUUACGAGACACAAAGAUGAUGCAAAGAUUUGGUGGAAUGAAUAAUGAAUCAAUCAGUUUAUAUAACAAUAUAAUUUAAACAUAUAAGGAUGUCGUGCUUGGAUUGAAAACAGUGAAAAUAUGUUUUAUGCAGCUCUGGAUGUUUGGGAGGUGGUGUAAACUUUCUCCUUCCUUUGCACGAUGUUUCCUUCCUUAUUCACAGCUCUAAAAACGGACACUCGUGUACAGAAGCCAGCCUCGCAAGAACAUCUAGAACUUUCAGAGAUAACUGUAGUUUCUCCUGGUGAGUGUACUGAAACAUAAAGCUGCUUUCAUAAUAAAAUAGAAUAAAAUCAGUGCAUUUCUACUGGAUAUGAUGGCACAUGUUGCAUGUUUACUGAUCACUUACUUUAAGAUGGAGCCACUGAAGGAGACCUUCCUGGUGUAAAGUCACAGCAGGAUGUCAUUAACACUUUCCAUCUGGCUGGGACAGGGGCACACUCGAAAGAGAGCAGAUCAUAGUCACGCUUUGAAUGACAGAGAUGGAAUUUUACUGAGGACGGCUCUCCUUCGAGCUUUGAUCAGGACAGGAAACCAGACACACUCCACAGGAAGAGUUUGGAUGGGAGGCGUCUGAAAGAGCUCACGCACUUCGCUUUCGCACUCAAAGAUUCAAUAAAAUGGUAUCUUAUCUUUUUUCUCAGAGUGUCAUCAUGAUUUAGUUUUACAACCAAAACACUGUUGUGAGUUUACAGGUUCAGAACUGGAGCUGAACUUUGAGCGCUGUUUUGUUUAUUGGACACAGGCGCUUGUUUACACAGGUUUUUGUUUACACAGGUUUUUGUUUACAGGUUGUAGUCAUGUUAAUAACUUUUGGGGUCAUGUGCUGUUUUUAUCUGUAAUGUGACACCUGUCUAUUCUGAGCCUGGCACACACAAUCGGCUAUUUCUGCCAGGCAGUAAUACGACCAUCUAAUCCACUUUCUGUGCCCCCUGUGAUGUAGAUGCAUGAGAGACGCUCACUGCUCUUCAAACCUCAGUGCCCCAAAUAUCGCUGCCUGUCUUUGCCUUUUGUUUAUGUGUGGUACGAUCUGUACCAAUUUGUAAUCCUCUGAAGACUACAUGACUCUUCAUCUUGAAAAUGUUUCUUUGAUUUAGACUUUGGGACAUUUUUAUCGUGUCUUUAUGAAAUAAAACUCUAAUUUACAGAAUCACAUGAGACCACUUGGUUAGACUCAGCAGAAGAGCUCAAAUGAGUUGUUUGUGUCAGUAGCUGGCCAGGCGUACCUUUGUGCUCAGUUUGUCCGGAUAAAUCAUUCUCUAACAGAGCCAUGUGGUGAACACACAUCCACAUCGUGGGCCAGACGGGCCUGCAGACAGCAGCCGUGAAGCUUCACUGGCCUGCUCGUGUUAGUGUUAGCUAACAGUUUUCCCGUCUGAGGCUGACUGACAUUUACUUCGUCUGACAGUGGAUCUACCUUGCUCUCUCGACUGAUCUUUUGUUUUGGCACAGCUGCCUGAUCAUGCUGCCAGAUUUGAGCGAGCUGAGAUAAUACCGUGGAUCUCUGGGGCCGGGCGAAGGGCAGAGCCGGACUGUUGAGGUCCACAGGAGUAAACUGUUUUCUGAGGCACACAGCCUGCUUAUCAGACCCGCCGAGUGUUCCUUCCUGGUUUUCUUCAGUCCAGUCUGUAAUUACUGUUGUAGCGUUCUGGCUGCACUACAGUAUGUGCGUUUCCCAGCACUCCCAAUGUUUUCCUUCUGUUGUCAGCUUCCUAUUGUACUCUGAUAGCCUGGAGCUAUGUGCUCUGCAGAAGUGAACAGUGACGUUACAUCACAGGUCUGACACAUAGGUCAGUGUCUUUAAAGCUUUUCAGUGAUGGAGUGGCACAAUGUUCAUAUCAGUUUCUUGAUUCAUAAGCAAAUCAUUAGUGACAAUUUUUGUAUUAGCUUCAGAGGUUUCAUAGAGUGUACAGGACUUUGUGUUGGCGUAUAAAAGUGUUUUUGUGCACAUCACGAUACCCUUUCCCUUUUUUUUUCUCUUUUGCUGCCCAGGUGUAACAGGUACAUUUUUCACAUUCCCAACAUUCCCCCUCUAUCUUAUGGAAACUUGUGGCUUGCCAGGUCUUUCACUCACAGAGCAGUGCUAUAAUUUAGACACACCCAAGUGUAAAAACCGUCCUUGUGCUGUACUAAGUUCCAUUUUGUCUUUAGGAAAUCUGUUUGUGUUGCAGCAAGGUAAUGAACUCCAAUGAGGCAAAAUCAAACAAUAAGUUUCAGGAGGAAUAAUGGUUGAAUUUCAGCUUUACCAAGCACAUCACUAGCUGUGUUUACAUGGGCACAAAUAAUCAGAAUAUUGGCCCGAUCUGAAUUAAAUCGGGUGGUUUAUGCCUAUUGUUAUUCCGAUACACGUCCUUGUAAACACUUAUUCCAAUCGUUGCUCUCUUACCUGACUCGAUCUUCACUCUUUAGCCUUUGGCUUAUUUAUUGAGGCCAGUACAGGAGGUUUUGUUAUUAACACUCUGGUAUAAAACACAACCGCAGGUGCCGUGUCUGCUCUUCCGGUAACAUAACAAGGCGUUUAUACAGUGCAAUAAUGUCACAUCUGCACGCACAGCGCAACCUUUGACAGAACAGUAAAAUAAAGCUACGUUCGAGUUUCCUCAGAAGUCAGAAGUCCGAACUGAAAAUGAUGUUACACACGAGUUACCAGCAUUUCAGUUACCAAGUUGGAAAACAGCAAAAUCAGAGGCCUGAAACAAGAUGGCUACAUCUAUGAAAGUUAUUUUAGAGCUUUCCUUGUUUGAAUAUAAGGCAAGUGCUAAAAUAACUUUCGUAGAACGCAGCAUAAGUACACAAGGGCGCCAUCUAGUGACAACAUUUAACUCAGGGGAAAACUGAAUUGGAUGGAGUGAGCCACUACCGCGUUUGUUUGUUUGUUGACAGCACAGGCGUAAAUACAACUCUUCUUCUUCUGCGGUUGUUUUAGCGAAAUCAGACAACUCUGGGCAUGUCCAGAUGCUUCUAAUCUGAAUAAAGCUUGGUGCGUGUAUACGCAUGUCAUGAUCGGAUUGUUGAUUUUGCGCCCAUAUAAACAGUGGAUUCAGAUUAUCCGAUCCCUCAAAUUUUUCAAUCGGGUCAAGAAAUUUUGCAUGUGUAACCGUAAGUACUGAUAUCCCUGUAUGACUUCUUCAGAGUCUGUAUGGAGGUUUUUUAUGCCUUUAACUGAUCUGAUAGCUGCAGUCAGUCAGACAAUUUUCAACUCUGAUCCUCCGUAUAGUUUGGUUGCGAUUUAUGGUGUGGGCGUGUACAUGUGUAUUCUUUCCGCUUUGUCUAUCAUUUGCUGUUUUUUUUUUUUACAGUCUUUCUGUGGGUUUGCUCUGUCUGCCCACUAGUGACUUUCCACUCUGUCAGACUGAGAUGGUGAAGUCAUUGGACUCUGAGACAAUGCAAUCUGAGUGUUGAACACUGACGUGGCUGUGAGGACAGUAAGUAGUACCUUUUCAUUAGUCCUCGCAGACCUCCGCAACAGAUGGUUCCAAUGAUGGUGUCUUUUUUUAACCUCAUUACGUGGACUGUAAAAUGUGAACGCUGAGUGCAGUCUACAUGUCUUUAUUUUGACUUUCCUCCAAAGCAUGCAAGAUUAUUGAGCAGCGGCCAAAGUUUAAAGUAAAAUAAUAAGAAAAUGAAAUAAGAUGCGACAACAGCAGUUUGAUUUUGUACAGUGAUCAGGGAUUUAUUCUUCACGGUUGUAUUUAAGAACUACAUCGUUAACAGAAAUCACUGCACAGAGGCGCUCCAAACCCUCAUCAUUCCCCCAGGGUAGAAGACGCAGCAAUUUUCCCAUCACAGUCUGCUGCCAUGCAUGAAAGAUUAAAGCACCUGCAUCAUAUAACGUUCCUGUCUCAGUCAUCCCUCAUCACUCUUGACAAUCAGAGAGUAGAUUCACCCAAAAAAAUCCACUCCAGUGGUGGUCCCGCGGCCGCUCGGCUGGUGGAGCCGGUGAGAGGGCGAGCUGGGUGUCUGGCUCAUGCUGAUGGAGCGGUUCAAAAGCUCCUUUAGCCACGUGGCAAAGGAAUGUCAGCUCACUGUGUUUGAGGCUGGAUGUCUGCUUUGAAGGCCUCAGGGGGUCACAGUAUUUACCAACAGGACAGGGUCUUUUUGAAGAUACAUAGUUAUAUAAAACAGACUGCAUUUUCAGUCUCUCUUUCCCAGCCUGAAUCUUCCUCUGAAAUGUAAAACAGCAGCGACAUGAAAACAGGAUGCAAACAAGGAUACAAACAGGAUCCUGUGCAAAUUCAGAUGCUAAUUUUAGCAAAGCUGGGAGCAACAUUCAAAGUCUCACCACAUUCAAAACUUUUGGGACCAAUGUUGUGACUAAUCUUGGCGUGCGUCGGUGCAUUGUCCCGGUCUAAAGAUCUCUGGGAACGGUUUCACAGCACAGUCACGUUACCACCUGAGGCCCUGGGGUGGGGUGUGACAAUAACAGUGGGUUACUGUGGGGGUCUGUUAGAGCCCUACCCAGCCUGACCUCUCCUCUAACCCGGCCCAUCCCGCUCCAUGGGACAUUAAAAUAUCAAAGGCAGACUUCUCCCAAAACUCACAGAGGCUGUGGUCUCCACCUGAGUGGGAGCCGGGAUGCUUAAUGUUGAAACUUUCCAGGUUUUGCUUUCAUGUCAAGUUUUUCAGCAGAUUUUCUGGCCUGAUUUUCAAAAUUCUUGAUGGUCACCUAGAAGAAAGAAAAACAUCUGCUGUAUUUAACUCCACGAGCUCAACUCUGUUCUCGCCACAGACUGUACGAUACAGGUUCUGACACGAGCACGUGUUUUAGUAGCGGUGUCUCUCACACUCAGGCUCAUAUGUAAGCACACUGAAUACACAUACCUCAGUAGAGGGUGGAUUAUUCAGCAUGCAUACCCAAUCAAAAACCAAUCCAUCUCUGUUGGUGUGGGCUUUCAUUUCAAUACAGUAUUUUCAGAGACCCCCCCCUCUCUCUCUCUGACUGCUGAAAACAUUGUCUGGUUUUGAGCUGGAAUGUAAAAUACCACAAGACAAAUACUUUUCUGCUCUACUCAUCCGUGGUCAGAGCUGCACGCCAGGAAUGAAAGGUGCUUAACGGAAACAAAUGGGGGUUAUAUGAAAUUCAAUAGUAGGGAAAACCACGUUUUAUGCACACUGCAGGUGAAAUAAACAGUAAAAAUGUUAUUUAUACAAGAACUUGACUUGAAAUUCAGCUUGUAGUCUGUGAGGAACUGUAUGUACAUAUGUGUACUGACAGCAGCAAGUAUAGCAUGGUCAUUGUGGUUCCCUGUGGCCUUCGCAGUAGUCUCAGUUGACAUCAAGAAAGUUAGAUGUUAGAGGAAAUAUUUCACAAAAAAAAAACAUGAACAAACUUCAAGUAAUGUUAUUUUGGUAGUAGGGCAGGGCGAUAAACUGAACAUUUACCGAUACCGAAAUUUACGACUAUAACUGGCGUUAUUUUGCCCAUGUCAAUAUAUUUGGUGUCAAAAAAAUAAAUAAAUACAAGUUGGUUUUGGAUGUGUGUAGGUAGGCUUUGGUCUCAUGUCCAUUUAAGACAGGUGAGGAGAUGGAGGACGGUUCUAAAGUUGUAGCAGCUGAAGUAGACUAAGUUAAUGUGGAGGUGUGAGCAGUUUGUGGAGUAGUUAUCGUCCAUUUACCGUUAUCGAGGUGAACUGAUCAAUAUAUUGUGACUUUGAUUUGAGGCCAUAUCACCCAGCCCUAGUAUGUACAUAUGUGUACUGACAGCAGCAAGUGUAGCAUGGUCAUUGUGGUUUCCUGUGGCCUACACAGUAGUCUCAGUUGACAUCAAGGGAGUUUGAAUAGAGGCGUAGAAGGUAGAAAAAUAUUUCAUUAAAAAAACCUAAACAAACUUAAAUUAAUGUAAUUUUGGUAGUAGGGCUGGGUGAUAAACAGAAAAUUUACUGAUACCGAAAUUUAAGAGAAUAACCGACGUCAUUUUGCCCAUGUCGGUAUAUUCUGUGUCAAAAAAAAUAAUAGUUUGUUUUGGAUGUUUGUAGGUAGGCUAUGGUUUCAUGUCCCUUUAAGAUGAUAUUGAUCUGACGCCAUAUCGCCCAGCCCUAUUCGGUAGCAAUCCAGACUAAUUUUGAUUAUUUGACUAGUAUUUGUGCCGUUUCAAAAGCUUUGACGUAAGUGAAGCUUUUCAGUGGACCUUAAAAUGUUUGAGUUGACUCAGAAUCAGUCGGUACAAUCUCAAACCACAAAUAGCUUUUUACAGGCUCACUUGGUUCUGCCUCCUAAAGUUAUAGUAGUGAAUAUGCUCAGCAGCUGUGUGAUGUAGACAGACAAGCUCAUUUGGCAUUUUUUCUUCUAAGUAUUCAUCUCAUGCCUCAUAUCUUCUUGGUAUGUGGGUGUUAACUCACUGUGCUUCGAAAUGCGUGUUGACUUUAGAUAGAGAUUCAAGUAGGACUGGUACAGAGUGCACUCUUGAUAAUCCAAUCACGUUAGCUGGAGUCAAAGCGCAGAUACAGUACAGCCGUGUUUCCUCAGUUUAUUAUUCUGUACUUUACUGUUUUUGAACUAUUUGAAUAAAUGGAACUACUGCAAUAAGACAAAAAAGACUCUUAAGAGAAAUGGCGUUUGCUGAAAGCCAUCUGUGAAAGACUUUUCACCCUGAGAUGACAUCACUCUUAAUGUGUCUUGCCUCCGCAGACCGGGCAUGACAGUGCGGGCCAAGUCGAGGGUGUAGCCACAUCUGGCGGAGACUGCUGAAGUAAGCAGGAGUCUCGGCGCACCAGACCAUUGACUGCAGCGAAGAAGAUGGGAGAGACAGAAGAGGAGAGGGAAGAUGUGGGGAAGCUGUUUGAGAACUUUGUCCAGGCCUCCACCUGUAAGGGGACCCUGCAAGCCUUCAAUGUCCUGUGCAGACAGCUGGACCUGGACCCCGCAGACCACGGCACCUUUUACAGCGAUCUAAAGGCCAAUGUCACGUCCUGGAAAGCCAAAGCUCUGUGGAGUAAGCUGGACAAGAGGAUGUCACAUAAGGAGUACAAGAAAGGCCAGGCGUGUGCAGGCACCAAGGUAAGCUCUACCACAGUUUCUUUUACAGCUCCACUCUCUGUCAUAAAAAGAGUUACAUGUCAUACACCUCAGCAGGUGGAGACCAUGAAGUGAGAAAGGACAGAGAGCAAAGAAAGAAGUGAAGUGAAGAAUGAAGUGGAGGCUUCUUUUUUCUUCUCGAUCUCGAGUAUUUUCCAAAAAAUGAAUACCAGAGAUUUUUACCUUGAUUUCAUACUUGAGAGCUGACCAUUUUACUUCCUUUCUGUGCAGACUGUCAAUUUCAGCAUUGUGCGAAAAUAUCAUUCAGACCAAAUUUUUCAUGAAUCUUCUGCGAUGAAAAAGAAAAUCUUUUCGAUGGUCUAUUUGUUUGUGUUUGCGUAAGAUACCGUUAUCACUCUUUAAACCGGCACACAGUGUUUUUCACAGUAACUUUAUUUUACAUAUUAAAAUACUCCUGGGUUGGAUUAUAAAACAUUUGAAUACAAUGCUUUACAGCUGCCAAUGAAUAGCUUCCUUAUAUUUGUCUCUGUUCAUACAUGACUAAAGGUAAAGUAUUCACGAUGAAGGAACUAUCUGUGUGGUUAAACACAUGGAGUUCCUAUCUGCACUUUGUUCAGAACUGUUAAAGGUAGGGUUGGUUAUCACGGCAAACUAGCAAACCCUUAACGUACCUUUCCAACAGAAAAUGAGCGACCAUGGCGUCACUUUUAAAGCCCUUGACCUCUUUCAGCUCUCUCCAUCGCUGAAAAACUGUCCCUGUCUCUGUCUUGCUUAGGCCUUCUCUGCUUCCGUUUUUCUUCUCUUGCUCUUUUUUGCAGGAGGAAAAAAUCUGGGUAUUAAUCUGGGUAUAGGUCGUUUCUCUGCCAUUCUUCUCAGCUCGGCUAUGCGCGUUGAAUCAGGGUCAGUGCCCGCUCGCGACAUGUACACGCAGGAGGCGAGCACAGGAUUUGAUUGGUUUAAAAAUGUGGGACCCACAUGAUGUGAUUGGUUGGUGUUUUCCCAGUUUUACUCCCGCUGUAGAUGGCGGCUAUGUUUCGCUCUUUUUUAAGAGCACAUCAUGUAUCGAUUGCCGUCGGAACAUUAAGAUCAUUUUAACCAGAAUAACAAAAAGUGUGUCUGAAUCAGAUUACCAACCCUACCUUUUAAAGCACAUGGAUGACCCUGUUUCUGAGCCGAUGUUAUGGCCAACUUCUUCCCUCCACUACACAACACAACCAUUGAAUUAACACUCACUCCUUCACUGUAAGGGUUUCCAAUGUACAGGACAGGAAAUUAAAGGGAUAUACACGACUUUGGCCUGACUCUUUCCCUUCGUAGCGUUGCAGUCGGUAACCCCCACUUAUAGACAUACAUACUUAAGGAUACAGAAAUAAAAACUCUCCAGAAAUGACCGCAGAGAAACAUAGACAACUCAUGAAAAAAGACACAUUGGACAGAAUAACACAGACACACAGAAAUACUACUCGACAGCUGACUACGUCUUCAUCUUAUCCUGGAGCCAAAUCACACAAACAAACCCACAUUCAGAGAGCAAAUUACAGACAGAGGAAAUUCCUCAAAUACAUAUAGUAAAAGAGCUAUUGAGGAGACUUUCUGGAGGUGAAGGAUGUAGGGUGAGCUACAGUGGGAACAAAGAAAUCGUGUAAGGAUGUGUUUUGAUGGUGGUGGGGGGAGCUGCUUUGGUAGUUAAGGUGAUGAGGGACAGGAGGAAAACCUGGAGGAGUGUGAUUACCUUUCAGGCAUCAGCUGCCCGCAGCUUGAAAGAGUGUUUUUAUUACGCCGAGAAACAGACAGCAUCACUCAGCAACUAUGAUUAUUUGGCCCCAGUAAUACAGAGGGUGUGCUCUGCUCUUUACAGGCUCUUCCUCAAAGGUUGGAGCCAGGCCCAGCUUGUUAUUAAAAUGUGUUUUAAAUGCUUCAGCGUGAGCUCAGUUUUACAGGUUCUGUCUGAUUGAAGCCAACACCAAAAUAGGGAAAAAGUAAACGCUUAAGUGAAGUAAGUGUGACUCUGUCAAACUUUUGGCUCUUAGCCCAUUUUUUUAGCAAUGUCCUGGGAUGUGAUGGAAAAAUGAAAAGUGUACACAAGCUGUAACCAGAUGUACACUUACUGCGAAUUUAUGUUAUUGCAUUGUUUCAAGCUGAAGAUUUAAUAAAACUGCUCGUAAACUUCCACACAUUUAAGAGCAGCGUGAGGACUUUCUUAAUCACUCAUAACGCCGACAAUCUGCUUUUACUUGAAAACUGAUUUUGACCCUCCCUGGAGAAUCACAAAGUGUUGGUGAAGACUUGAGCUUUUAUGGCGACUCGUCUCUUUAAAAGUGAUGCAUGUGAAAUCACUCAGCACUUCAUCUUCGUGUCCCCGCUGUAGCAGCAACCUUCGAGGGAUGUGAAGUCAUUCCCGUUUUAUGGCGCCUGUCACAGAUGGCGACACUGACGCUGACGCCGAACAACAGCGCCUUUGUUUCUCAUCAAGUACAACUGAAUUAAAAAAAGAAAACUGUGCCGUAAUACUAACCUUCAUGCAACAAAACUUUUGUGCCCUGUGGGGCUGAAAUGAUCUGUAAAGUACUUAAUUGGUGGAGGAUUUAUCCUCAACAGUAAUCUCCACAAUGAAGUAAUCAUUUAAACUAAUGUGUCAGGCAAAUAAAACACUUCAUUGAAUCUGACAGCUGACUAUUUACUUGUGGGUUGUUGAUCAUCAUUUUGAACUUUAGUGGGAAUGUAAAGAGUAUUCUGAGAUUUUACACUCCUGGGCCCAGUGUUUCAAAACUUAUAAUCUGGAUCAGAUGAUCCGGAUUUUGUAGUCCUCCUUUUUGCUAUUCCAGAUCAAAAUGAUCUUGUAGAUUUGGUCCUGUUUUUUUAAAGAAUUCUCAUAUAGGAUUAUUGGGAUCCACAUACCACAAUAUCAGGAUUACAGAAUCUAGAUUUGAAGUCUGGAUAUAGAUGUGUGUUCUACAUCGCUACAUCCACCUUGGAUCCAUGCUUGAUCCACCCUUCCAGUGGGAUCAGGAUAAUCCUGAUUUUUAGCUUCAAAACUAUCUUAAUCUACACUUUGGGAUUUUGAAAUAUCCAAAAACAGCAUUUAAUCUGGAUUCUGGGUUGGAUUGGAUUACCAAAUCCCUAGCCAAUUUUACUGGUAUCACAUAUCCUGGUUUGAAAUACCCAAUUUUGAGGUUUAAUCCCAUCCAGACCAUUCUUUCCAGAUUAAAAGUUUUGAAACACUGGGCCCAGAUGAUUUUGUUAUCUACUUUAAAAAUGAAGUUUUAGUUUUCUUGCAUUUAAACAGAAUGCAGUGAUAAUAGAGAUCUUGGAGUGGUAGCCAAACCAUUUACCGAGGUGGAAAAGUCUGUAAAGGACAGAGAGGGUUCAGUGAUGAGGCAGGGGACCAAUGUGACCAUGGCGAGGUGGAGUCGAUGAGAGUGAGGUCAUAGGUGGUGAGCAGAAAGGAAGCACAUGUGUCCUGACUCAGCAGAUGUGGAACAAGCCAUCAGGAAAAAAGCCUCGUAUCUGGAAUAAUAGGUUAGCGAAUGGAAACGGGCUAAAACAAACAGCACAUCGCUUUAACACCUGAUUGUCAGUUAAAAACAGGUUACGCAAGCAUCUGAAUAAACCAUACUGCACAUCUCCAACAUCAUCCCGUCUCUGUGAGUAAAUCGUCGCCCUGACUCACCUUUCAUCAAGAGAAAAAUACACAGCCACCAGGCAGGCUUGUCCAGGCAGCUCUUCUACCACCUGUAUGUGCUUCACACCUGAAAAUACCUCAUCCUCCUGAUAACCCCAGGCAACGCAUGAUGACACACUGUUGUCCUCAGCACCCUCAACCCCUAUAAAGCAGCCCAACAAUGGAACCUCACACUCAGAGAAUGACAAAGACCCUGAUCAUGGAGGGGAGGAAGAAAGCCGUUUACUCGUAUGGUUUAAUCUGGAAUUAUGGGUAAUCUGUAAAUAAACUCAUAUUGUGCAGGUACUGAUUGGGUGUAUGUAGGGCUGGGCUAUAAAACGAUAACGAUAUAGUUAUUAGUACUAUUAUUAGAAAUCAAUUUUAGGUCAAUUGGUCAGAUGUAAUGGAAGUUAUUGAAGAAAAUGUUCAAAAUUUGCCUUUAAAUUUAACACAAAACUUUUUAGAGGACAAAGUAGGGAAAUAAAGGGGUUUGUCUUAUCGUCCCACCUUAGUACUAUUAUUUGAAAUCAAUUUUAGGUCAAUUGGUCACAUGACAUGGAAGCUAUUGAAAGAAAACAGCCUUUUUUGAGAACAUCAACCGGUAAUUUGUUGAUGGUCCCUUAUGAUUAUUCAACACCCAAUGUUGUCAGCGAGGGUGCUGAGUAGAUUUAACCGCGCUGCUGUUGCUAUACCCCAUUAUGGAGAAUGAGAAGACACCGGUAGAUCCGCAGUGAAUGUCCAUCGGAUAUCCAACCUAAAACUAACUUCACUGUGGUAUUUACAUGAAAAAACAUGUCGCCUCGGAUGAUUUUUUUUUUUAUGCGUGCAUGUGCCCCUUAAUACAUUUUACGAUUCGCACACAUCUACUUUUAGUCGCAAAUGCGAGUAAAAUGGUCGGAUAAUCUUUUUUCCCUUAUCUCCCAGCCCUAGGUGUAGGAAUAAUAAGAGUGGAAGGUAAAAGAAAGAUAUUUUCUGCACUAAUUUGCUGAGGCCGUGGAGAAAGAGGACCGUCCACUUUGCUGAGCACAGCAGGAGCGACCUCCAGUCGUGGUCUAGUUCUGGGUUAGAAGUCACGAGAAUAACGGUCCACACAUCUCUACACAAUGCUCCCCAGGGCCUCUUUAACAUCUUUAACAUGUUUCUGAGGUAAAGAAGAGUCCGUUUGCCAGCUUCGCUUCUUUCAUCUUUAUUCAAGAAGAUGAUGUCAUGUUUGAGCUGCACAUUCUCAGACACACGCCGUAACCUCAGCUCACUGACCUAAUGCAUUUUUGGGUGAGGCAGAUGCAUGAAUAACACCUUAGAUAUGUUCAGGUUGUAAAUUGAGGGUUUGGAUGGAUGGCAGAAGUUUGAAAAAACUUCCUAUCAGCGCGUGUAAACUCUCUUAUGCUUUCAUAAACAACCGUUGUUUAUCGUUGUUUAGUCAUUGCACACACACUCACACAGGAGAUGGUCUGAAGAGCUCAUUUGGAAGAUUGGAGUUAUCCUCAGACUCAGCAGGUUUCGUCCUGAAGUGCCCUUGAGUUGGACACUAAAGCUCUAAAUGUCCUGGUGGUGCAGUACACUGCUGAUGUGUAGAUGUUAUAAUGCUUGCCUGUGUGUUAAUAAAUCAUUUUUCAUCUCAGCUUCCUCUGCGUGAACAUUGUCAGCCCUCUGUAAUUACUCUGUUAUUUUACAAAGAUGUCAGCAUGUUGAAGCCCCUCCAUCAUGCAGCGGUAAUGAGUUCAAUUUGUUUCUGUCAUCAGUGCCUCGUCAUCGGAGGAGGCCCCUGUGGUCUGCGGACGGCCAUUGAGCUGGCUCUGAUGGGCGCCAAAGUGGUGGUGAUUGAAAAGAGAGACUCCUUCUCUCGGAACAACGUGCUGCACCUUUGGCCCUACACCAUUCAUGAUUUGCGGGGCCUUGGGGCCAAAAAGUUUUAUGGCAAAUUCUGCGCAGGGGCCAUUGACCAUAUCAGUGAGUAUCUCAAUUGGAAUACAGCAAAGUAUUCAUGAAGAAAAUAAGACACCUUUCCUUGUGUGUUGGAGUAAAAUGAAUAAAUGUGUGUUUGUGUCUAACAGGCAUCCAGCAGCUUCAGCUGAUCUUACUGAAGGUGGCGCUGAUUGUUGCAGUGGAGUUUCACAUCAACGUAGAGUUUGACAAACUGUUGGAACCUCCAGAGAAUCAGGAAAAUGAAGGUAUGGACUCAUGCGUGUUCACUUUUGCAUCACGCCAAAAACCUAUACUCUCCUGGUCCGCAGUUUGAUGCUCCUCUUAAAGGGAUAUUCUGGCAUAAAUUUAAGUUAGGGUCAAACACACCGUAACACCGACUUAGACACCCCUUUGAGAGAUGAAUGUUGCCGACCGCUUGCUUCUCUAGUUAUACCAAAUUUAGUAACGACCAAACGAUAGCAAUACACAGCGGUCUGAUGAGUCAUAAACAAGCCUCAACCAAAACACCACUCUAUAGCCACAAAUAAUGCUCAGAACAGCACCUAACUUCAUCAGCAGUACAUAUAGGGUCCCAGCCAUAGUACUAGACACCAAACAUCUUUUUAGCUUCGCCUGAUUUCUUUACCAAAGAGACUAAACACAGCUCACCCACUCUCCUCCAGCAGCCACUCAUUUGUGGGGGGAGCCCUGACGAGUCAAUCACCGAGUGUAGCGGAGUUUCACAGCUCAAGGAAGAACAUUUGUGAUCAUUACUUCAUGAAAAUGCAACUUAGACUGAGACGCUAAGGUAGAAGAACUACCACGUCUGCAGUGCAAAAAGAUUAUUAUGAUGAUUAUUACUUCAAGGAAAUGCUCCGCUGCACUCCUCAGGGUUCCCCCACAAACAAGCGGCUGCUGGAGGAAAGUAGGUGAGUUGUGUUUAGUCUCUUAGCUUAAGAAAGUAGGCAAAGCUAAAAAUAUGUUUGGUGGCUAGUACUAUGACUGGAAUCCUAUAUGUACUGAUGAUGAAGUUAGGUGCUGUUCUGAGCAUUAUUUGUGGCUAUAGAGUGGCUUUUUGGUUGAGGUUUGUUUAUGGCUCCUCAGACCGCUGUGUAUUGCUAUCCUGUGGUCGUUACUAAAGUUGGUAUAACUAGAGAAGCAAGCGGUCGGCAACAUUCAUCUCUCGAGGGGGUGUCUUACUCUGUGUUACAGUGUGUUUGUCUAUAACUUUAAUUUAUGCUGUAAUAUCCCUUUAAGGCUCAUGACGCAGCAAGGGAUUUCUAGUCUGCUGUGCUUAAUUUCCCUGACAGCCACUAAUAAACAAGAGACAAACACUGGCUGUAUCAUCAUAUUUGCAUCCAGCUCACAACAUGACUGAUCGUGCAGAGACUUCUGCAUGCAAUGCAGGCGCCUAUUUAUCAGAUUAAUACAGUGAGUCAACAUUGUGGUGUAGCAAAAUCUUUUACAAGCAUAUCAUGAGACUUUCUUUCUAACAUUUUGUCUCUGAAAUUCAGCUUGGAUUUAGUACAAACACUGCAUCUGGCUGAACUUUUAAUGUUCACGUAGCCUUCAGUUUUUAAUAUCACAGUUUCUCUCAGCACAUUGACGUUUUUUAGCACGUACAUAACUCUCCAGCUGACUUCUCGACCCUCUCCUCCCACAUUGAUUGGACUGUAAACUCUCAGGGGGAAAAUAACUAGCACUCUGUUGUCAGGUGUUGCCUCCUCAGCUGUAAUAUCAAUACACUGAUAACAACAAGAGCCUUGUCUAAAUUUAGACCUCGACCAGUCCCUCCGGCUCUGCUGUGACAGACUUAGUUAUGCCCUUGACAUCAUGGAAGGCAUUUUUCACAUGGUGAUAUUACACAACAAGUGAACAAGCUCUUCCUGUGCUGGUGCCACACUCCUGCAACACCCACAACCCCUCAAAGUGCAUCAAACUCAAUUUUUAUUCAUUCUUGAACCAUAUUUGUUCGUCAAGUUGGCAUGCUGUGCAGACAUGCUUUUCUUAGCUGCUCUGUCGUUUCAAGUCUCUUGAGAAAUGACACAAAAAUAGCUCAACAGCAUAAAAAACAUGACGCAAGAAUGCUUGUUAUUUUUCCAUUCCUCGUUUUUUUCCCUCUAUGUUGGCUCAUUCUUUGCAAUGUCACGUUAUAAAAUAGGUUCCCAGCAGGUUUAGGGGAGAUGUUUUACAGGAACACUGGUGGCAACAAUACCAAUCUUUAAUAGUUUUAUGUUCCCUUUAUGUGCUGAAAAUCAGUACAGCAUAGAAUGAAUAAACCCGGUCUUUGUGUAAUGUCUCUUGUAUGCCUUCUUGCUUUAUAAUUGUCUUUGUCCCCAUCUGUCAGGGAUUGGGUGGAGAGCUGCAAUCCGACCUGCUGAUCACCCAGUGGCUAACUUUGACUUUGACGUGGUGGUGGGGGCCGACGGGCGCAGAAAUACUCUGGAAGGUGAGAAGAUGACAAACAAUAGGGGUAAACAUGAUAGAUGCCUGAAGGCUGUACUUGACCUUGCUUUGCACUAUAUAAAGUUACUUGUGUCAACUGCACAAAAGAACAAUACCCAACUCAAAUGAAGAAGAUUUGCACCGUUGACCCUGAAAGCGUGGGGUAGCAUGUGACCAGCACUGUUACAGGCACAUAUUUCUAGUCCCAAAUACAUUUUGUUUUCAUUACAGUGGUAAUCUCUGAAGCACUAGUCAGAAAAACAUUAUUUUAUACUGUUGACUUAAGGACCCACUCCCAUAAAAAUCAUGUUUUUCUUGUCGUCUACAUGUUCAUAUGACAUUAUUCUGAUGCUACAGGACAUAUCACGAGAAAAUUGAGUGCGAAAGUGCAUUUCUGAGUAUUUCUGAAUUCAAAUCGAUGUGAAUCUCUAGCAGACCCAAACAGCAGGUUCAGACACAGUGAGAUUUCCUAUGUCACAAAUCCAAGCUCCGCCCCCAGAGCCCUGCUGUGAAGGCCAGACUCAGAAAAAUUGAGAGGACGAUCAUGGAACAAGCGUGUGCGUUAGCUAAGCAAAGCCAACUAUGAUAUUAACUUUCAUCAUGUCCCCAAAGACAUUGGUGUCUCAGAGCUGAAUAGCUCCUAUUUUACCUGCCACUUCUACUACACUGGCAAUGUUAGGCUGCAAGCUAGCAUGAAGAGGAGUGUGCAGAACAGCGCUGUCUCCGCCCACGACUCAGAGGUAAAUUGCUAAUGAGAAGAAAAGCCCUUGAAUGACACAAGUAAUGCGAUUUUUGGCUAAAACUUUAUAAUCACAAUUUAAAGACCACUGAGAACACUUUAAAUAAUAAAAAAAAUACGAUCAGAGUCAUACAGAAACCAGUACACCUUUUAUCGUCUGGAUUUUCAAGCUGGCCCCACAGGACAACUCCUAGACUCUUAACGUUGAACAACCUGUUCUGCAUUCUGUCUUGUGCAGCUCUAAAUAAAACUCACCUUUUAUAAACUUAGAUGUGUCUGUAGUCAUUGAUCUCCCCCAGUGGGAGAGGUUGUUCUUGUAACGUUGUACAGAAAUAGAGCGGGGCUGAAGCUCUCAGUGCAGCGGAUGAUGCAUGCACUCUGGACUCUGCAUCUGUUUUUCUUGCCAUUUCAGCCUCUCUUUUAAAAAUGCUGUCAUCUAACAACCAAUUCUCAUCAGAUGUUUAUCCCUUAAAAGGAAACAUUUAGUCAGAACAAGAUGCUUUGCUCAUUCUUCAAUAAUGAACAAUCCCGAGGGGAAUUGAUUUUUCCCUCUACUCAGCCGGCCUUUGAGCCUGAGUCAGUAACUGCAUGAGCGUUGAAUGAAAUCAGAACUGCAGAGGGGGAAAAAAAGUCUACACUGAUAUUUGACAUAAGAGCGUGGAGAAUCUGUGGUAGAAAAAGUUUGCCUCAAGAAAGUGAAGUCUCUGUCUUAGACGGGACUUUGUUCCAAGCAGCCGAUCCAUUUGAGUGUAGUUUUCCUCACUGAAAGCAUCAGCCUUGUUGAAACAUGUUGAUGUUCUCGCACAUUUGUAAAGAUAAGUUCAAAUUAAACAAGUAAAAUGUUCAACUUUGAUUUUUGUAGUAGUUUUUGAUUUUUAUUUUGGAUCUGGAGAUUUAAUUUGAGAGCGCUUGAAUUUGUUUUCUGGCUCCCUGUUUUAAAAAACUAAUUUGACUAAGAAUUUUGUGUGGGUUUCAGUGUUACAUAGGACUUAUGCUGCGUUUAAGUUACCUUGGAAGUCAAAUAUCGGAGCUGAAAAUGACGUUACAGCCGAGUUCCCAGCGUUUCAGUUACCAAGGCGGAAAAAAGCAAAAUCGGAGGCCUGAAGCAAGACUGCUACAUUUACGAAAGUUACAGACUUGGUAACUGAAAUGCUGGGAAUUCGGGUGUGACGUCAUUUUUAGCUCGGACUUCUGAUUUCCGGCGUAACUCGAAUGCAGCGUCAGUGAAGGUCCUCCUGGUGUAGGUAAAUUGUUUGAGAGAUGAAAACCAGAUUUUUUUAUAAUAAUAAAACUUAAGCAGCCUUUCAAAGUUGUGUUUUAUAAGAUUAGUUAAGCAACUUUACCUUUUCGAAUCCAUGACUUUUGACUUUUGUUCCUUUGGUCACCUGAGAACUCUCCCUGAAAAGGCGCCUCUUAUCUGUAAAUAACCGCCUUAUAAUCUUUGUUUAGGGCUGGAUCUUCUCUGCUUCUAACAGUCACGCUUGAUAACAGUGUUUUGCUCGAUUAAAUAAACACUGUCUCUGUUUCUCUGUUUCAGUUUUCUUGUCUCACUUCUUUUUUUCUCUCCCAGGUUUCAAAAGGAAGGAGUUCAGGGGGAAGCUGGCGAUCGCCAUCACGGCCAAUUUCAUCAACAGGAACACCACCGCAGAGGCCAAAGUCGAGGAGAUCAGCGGCGUGGCCUUCAUCUUCAACCAAAAGUUCUUUCUGGACCUAAAAGAGGAGACAGGUGAGAGAGCAGCAGGGUUAAACUGCCUCUCUGUACAAAUUUAGAGGGCUACUUGGUUUGAGUCGGUCACUCCUGAAAUCCUCUGCAGUAAUUUCAGUCCCUGCUGGUGCUUCUCCUUCUCACACCAUGUCAUUUGUUGCAGGUAUUGAUCUGGAGAACAUUGUGUACUACAGGGAUAACACACAUUACUUUGUCAUGACUGCCAAGAAACAGAGUCUUCUGGAUAAGGGAGUGGUUAUUCAUGUGAGUCAAACAAGGUCCACAGACAUCCUUUGCCUAAUUUUCAUUUUUACAUUUAUCCUCAUGGGUUUUUCAUCUUUGUUUCCCUUCGACAGGACUACACCGACACCCAGAUGCUGCUGAGCAGCGAAAAUGUAAACCAGGAAGCUCUGCUCUGCUACGCCAGAGAGGCUGCUGACUUUGGCACCAAUUACCAACUUCCCACGCUGGAUUUUGCCAUGAAUCACUGCGGGCAGCCAGAUGUGGCCAUGUUUGAUUUCACCAGCAUGUAUGCAUCUGAGAACGCCGCCCUGGUCAGGGAGAGGUUUGGACACCAGCUGCUGGUCACGCUGGUCGGUGACAGUCUGCUGGAGGUGAGGAAGGACAAGAAGGAUAUGUAGGAAGGUGACAGGGUACGAGAGAGUCCGACUGAGUGGGACAUAAUCUGUCAGUCAUGGAUUAGAUUUAUUAGAUAGAUCUGGUUGUUCUGACACAGUUGGAUAAAAACAACUGGCAUGAAUUGUUGAUGUUCCUGCUCCACUGAGAUGUGACCUGCUCCUCCACCUCCACCUGUAUACAAACUCAGACUUGAUAAUGAUGCUGCUAACACUCAUUGAAAGUAUGUUUUUGAACAUGUUCUUAGCUGGACAGUGACACACUACACCCACUGAUGAAUUUUUCCACACUGUCAGAUGUAUCACAAACCAUCUUCUGGAGCCUUUUUUUGAUUGUGGCUUCAUUGUUUGUAUAUUAAGGACUGUUUGUCCAUGGUAGAUCAGCUGUAUUGUUUUGAUUCGUCCAAUCAGUUAUGAGGAUGAAAGUAAACAAAAGCAUGUCAGCAGCACAGGCAUUAAAGCAUGUUGUGCUGCGUCUAGUUUUUCUAAUCUAGUCUCGUCUACCAAAUGGGACCUGGUGAUUUCAUUGUUUGCAUAUGUGCACUGCUGCAAAGUUUCAUUCAUCUGUUGGUCUUAUGUUCAUGUGCAGCCCUUCUGGCCAAUGGGGACGGGUUGUGCCAGAGGCUUCCUGGCUGCUUUCGACACAGCCUGGAUGGUGAAGAGGUGGGCGCAGGGACGGACUGUUCUGGAGGUGCUUGCUGAGAGGUACACACAUGCACAUAUCAUUCAGUACCAUUAAAGUCCCGAUUGUUUUUAUGUUAUCAAAGUGUAUAAAUUGUGAUUAUGAAGUUUCAGCCAAAAUCACGUUACCUGUGUCAUUUUCAAGCGCCUUUCUUCUGCAGAGCGCCAGUAGAUCAUUAGCAAUUUGCCUCUGAGUCGUGGGCAUAGACAGCGCAGUUCUGCACACUCCCCUUUGCGUUAGCUUGUAGCCUAACAUUGCUGGUGUGCGAAUUUUUUUCUUCGUAGGACGGUAGGGGAAGGUCCCACCUCCUUCGCCUCUGAUUGGCUGUGAAACGUCAUCACACGCUCAAGCCGAAUGCGGGCUGUCGGCUCUGUACAUCGAACAGAACAUUCAAGAACAUCAUCGCAAUUCUGAAUCUCCUAACCCUAAUCUUAAUCCUAACCCUAACACUAGCCCGACAGAUGAUGACGUUUCAUAGCCAUAAGGAAUAACCAAUCGGAGCCCAGCACUUCUAGCCAAUCAGAGGUGAAGGAGGGCGGGACCUUUCCCUACCAUCCUAUGAAAAAAUAUCACCUCUGGGAGUGGAGCUUGGUUUUGUUACGUAGGAAAUCUCACUGUGCCUGAGCCUACCGUUUGGGUCUGCUAGAGUUCACAGUGAAUUGAAUGCAGAAAUACUCAGAAAUGCAGUUUUGCACUUAUUUUUCUCAUGAUAUAUCCUGUAGCAUCAGAAAAAUACCAUAUGAACAUUUAAGAAACAUGAUCCCUUCCAUGCUCUUGUGAUGUGGAGGAAUUAACACCUUAUGUUUUGCUCUGUGUUCUUCUCGGUUUCUGUAGGGAGAGUAUUUACAGGCUUCUUCCGCAGACAACACCUGAAAACAUUGCCAAAAACUUUGAACAGUACACCAUAGACCCCGGGACCCGAUACCCGAACCUCAUCUCCUCUUGUGUCAGACCACACCAGGUGAGAGGAAAUACAGCAUUACAUAAUGUUGCUUUAUAUUUAUCAGUCAUUUGUCUGUUUGAAUAAAAAAUCUAAUUUCUCGUAUUUCUAAGCUGUUAAUUAUUCACCCUGUUUUAGGUGCGUCACUUGUACAUCAGAGGAGAGCUGAGUUCCUGCUCUUUGGAGCGAGCUACUUCUAUACGUCGCCCUGUCAAUCUCAGCAGACGAGGUAAAAUUAACAGGAACCAGACGAUUCCUUUGUGUUAUUUUUAACACAGCUUUAAGUCGCGCCGUACAGUGGAAAAAACGAGGAGGACAAGAAAGUACGCCUGUCUCUGGUUAUAUAAGUGGUUAUCGUCUUGUGUUACUCUGAAAAGGUCUUCUCAAACAACAUUUUUUUCUUAUCUUUUAUUGACUUUUUCGAAAAAGCAGCAAACGCAAAAGAAACAAUCUUUAUUUAGGGAGUUUGACAAGAGCUAAGGUUUGUUUUAAAUAUUGAUUCACGGGAAAUGGAGCGAUGUUUACACAUAAGAUCUGCUGGGUUUGUUGAAGGAGGAGUCCAACACACAUCUCCUUCUACAAGCCCAGCACUGCUCCAUGUUCUUGUCUAAAAAGCAGCUGCACUUAUAGUCUGAAAUACACUUACUUCAGUCAUUUCCCUUUGGGGAUCAAUAAAGUUCUUAUCUUAUCUUAUUAUAGAUGUAUUUUGUUUACAAAAUGUAAACUCACUGUCUCCUUUUAGUCUUUAUUUAAUCACUGUGCUGCAGAGUUAUAAAUCAAAUUAUAUAUGUGUUCUGUGAUCUGACAUUUAAGACCGAAGCUUCACAUGUUAGACUGAGCUGUGCUGUAUGUUUGAGUAAGUCAAGGCAUUCACCUGAGGCCUCAAGGAAGUACAUGUCCGGACAAAGACAACAAAGAUGUGUACAUACCUGAGCUCCUGCUCCUACUAUAUCUGUCAUCGCCUUAUUUAGACAGGUUCAGGUGUUGAUCCGUACUUACUGUUACAUCAUAUCAACUUCAGUGUAAACUUCCAUCUGAUCUGAAGGAUAAUAAAACUUUGCACAUGUCUUUCAUAGAGUCCGAGAUCAGACCGGCGAGGCUUCUCACCUGGUGCCAGAAACAGGCCGACGGCUACAAGAACGUGAAGAUCACAGACUUGACAUCUUCUUGGAAAAGCGGCAUGGCGCUCUGCGCUUUGAUCCACAGUUUCAAACCCCAGCUGAUGUACGUAACAUCCACCUGAUGCUCUCUGUACCUCAUCAGAUCCCUUUACAGGAUGUGAAAUUUACAACCUUAAUGUGAAAAAACUUUUUCACUUCUUCAACAGCCAGCGAGGGAAUGCAUUUUCUAUGGGUGUGUUAAAAAUAUUUGACGAGGGAGCAACUCUUUAAUCUCCUCCUCACGACAUGUUAAACACUUGACCUUUAUGAGUGAUGAUAGGUGGAAAGGUUUCAUACCCGGCUGUCAUUUGUCUUAAAGCAGUAAAGCAGUAAAGUAUUCGCUGCAAACAGGAGUUGAAGGACUGCAGCUGCGUGCAUUUCACACAUUUUUAGACAGUAUAUACUCUCUUAAAUGAAUGAGGACUGGUUGUUCCAGUACCUGCAUUCAUUUAAAUCCUGCAUGAAUAUUUAUCGUUGAAUAUAAAUGGCUUUUUGGUCGUGCAGAUCUGGAGUGGAGUAGAAAAUUACUCGUACAUGGUAAAAUCCUAAAGCAGAAACUGUGCAUUAUUCCUGCUUUAAGAGUUGGACUGCCUUACACUGCAUAUAAUCAGUCAGUGCAACUGUAGAUUAGUACAUUUAUAAAUCUAAUUAUAUCCUCUCAACCCCCUAAUUAUUGCCUUCAUACCUCGCCACAUGCCACUAUAAUUUGGUGUGCUCCCGUAAGUUUCCAGGAACCGCUGGCGCUUUUCCCCCCCUUUCCCUCCUCCGUAUGCGCAUGCCUUUCAGCAGAGCGGACUGCAGAGGGGAGCAGGUUCAUACAAAAGAAAGGAAGGAAGAAAUAGUGGGCCUCUGUACUUCCAGAAUAACACCAAAGUUUGUGUGUGCGGCUGCUAGGUUACUGCUCUCUUCUGUACAUAAUUUCUGAUGGUGUCUGCUCACCGUCAGUGUAAGUGAGCACGUCGAGCUGUUUUUUUCCCUCCUUUCCUCAGUUCUUUGAAAAUUUAUCGUUUUUUUAUCAACAAAGAAUUUAGAUAUUUCUCUGUGAUGUUUUUAUAUCAGUCUGGACCCUACUUUUAGUCAGCUGUUAGUCACAACACAUUCAUUUACUCAUGAAAUAAUCCUUUGAACAUAUUCACUUCAAAACUUACCGCUUCAUUUCUGUCUCAUUAGUCAGAGCACCCUGUGUGGUUAUAUGAUACUCAAAAUUUCAGUUUGAAAACACUCACAAAGGGAUUCAGGUGCACCAAACAUUAGACAGAGGUGAAGUGUUAAACUCUGGAUAAAUCUCAUUAGAACCUAAAGCCUGAUACAGUCCCACAGUAUAACUUUCUCCAGCUGCUUGUCUGGACCUUUUUUUCAACCAACUUUUUUCUGGCUCACGUCCCACUAUCUUUUUCCAUCAGAGAUUUCGACUCACUCAAUGAAGAAGACCACGCCGCAAACCUCCAGCUGGCUUUUGACAUCAGUGAGCGGGAGUUUGGGAUCCGACCGUUCACGUCUGCCAAGGAGCUGAUUGCUGAUCAGGAGCUGGAUAAGACCAGGAUGACCGUCUACCUGUCCAAGUUUUAUGAACUCUUCCGUGGGACGCCUCUACCUGCUUCAGGUACCUCAUUUUAUUUUAAUUAUUUAUUUAUUGAACAUGUGUGCAUGCAACACAAGAAAGUAAACUGAAAACAAACAAACAAAUAAAACCAAUGAGAAUAUUCAAAACAACAGUAAAAAUAAUCAAAGCAAAAAAAUAACAAUAAUAAUGAUAAUGUGAACCCAACAUGUCCGCUACUCGAUUAACACUCGGUCUCCAACAUAUUUACAUUAUAUUUACAAAAAAUAGAAAAUAAAUAGAGUAAAUAAACUAGAACAUAAAUCAUUUAUGAAAACACCUGAUGGUUAAAGCCCUUCCUUCUCCCUGUACCUGGUGAGACCAUAAACCAUGGUACCUUACCCUUCUACAAUGCUUUUCUGCUAUUCUGUACUUUGCUUUACUGUAAUUUACUCUGAUCUUCCCCCCACUAUUGACUUUUUCUCUCUACUGUUUUUUUUUGUUAUGUGCACAGUCCUCUUUUUUACUCUGCUCCUGCUUUACGGUUCCCAACUCUACUCUACCCUUGUACUCGAUUUAAAAGAGCCGCUCUUGACUCACAUCACAAACAUGCUACUUGACUGGAGGUCACUCAAAUGUAGUUUUCUUGGUAGGACUUUAUUCUGCUCUCCUCUCUUUUUUUAAGCAGAUGCAAUUGAAGUCUGUCGUACUGUGCAGUAGAGGUGGGCGAUAAAAAAUGUAUCAGGAUAAGAUUUGCCAUUCUGGUGAUAAGGAUAAAAGUUCCGCUAAAAAUAUUAUAAUUCCAAUUUAUAUCUUUGACUCAUUUUGUCUUGAGAACACCAGUUGGGAUAGUCAAAUAAGAUACUUGCCCACAAGUUUUAGUGGUAGGUUUUGAGAAAACUAAUGACAUCAAACAAGUCUCAAAUGUAAAAACAUUUUCAACAUUUGUUAAAAAAUCUUAUUGCACAGAGUGAACAGCAGCAGAUCUACUGUCCGAUGUCACUGCGCUUAUAUAAACCCCAAUCUUGAAGGAAAUCCCUCAUGUGGAGCCUCGUUCAGUAACGAGCUGCUCAGAAACGUCUUCUUUUUCACCUUCGGCCAUGUUUGUUUGUUAUUCUGCUCUGUGUGGGCUAUGGCUGCGAGUCCGUCACUCACACUUGCGUCAUUAACUUGCGUUUAUCGUAUUUAUCAUGAGAUGACAAAUAUUCAUCAUGGAGGAUUUUUCCGACUAUAAAUCAUGAACAAUAAUUCAUCGCCCAUCCCUACUCUGCAGUAUGCAACUUCUUAUCUCGGUUGAGGCAGUUGUCACUGGACUGCUGCUGUGUCAUCUGCUGAGUAUAAGUAUUUUAAAGUUGUUAAAAAAGUGCAAAAGAAGGUGUUGGAUUACAGUCAGUACAGUGGCAUGUGAGGAAUGACUAUCUGAACCAGAUCUGUUGACAACAAAAGCCUGACAUUCUUGAGGACGACACGAGGACAGCUGCCUGUCUGUUCUCAAGUGUUUUUUCUUCAACCUCUACCGCACAUUCACGUCUUUCUUUCUGACGUGCAGCUGAGUGACUAGGAAAUGUUUUUUUUUAGUGUAACAGUUCUUUGUACAGACACGGCCCCUCUGCAGGUUUUUCCAGACCACUAAUAUGUUUUUCUAAGGUUAAUGGUCUGUGGUUAUGACUUUACUCUGUGAAAACUCCAAUCCGGUCAUGCGUUUCUCCACAGGUUCCAGGGAGGUGGAUGAAAACAAUGAAGAUUAUCCAUCAAGAGAAGUCAGAAGUAAUAAUAAUGUGCUCAAUCUUGCACUACCCAGGAAACGGGUACCAAAGGUAACUCCAUUCUGAAAUAGUACAGCAGUUAGCGGCUCACAUUUCCAGCGUAUUAUAAGAAUGAUUUACCCAGAGUUAUAUUUUCAGGAUGAAAAGAAGUCAGACGGUACAGACCCCAUUUACAAAAGGAGGCGGAAAUUUUGCAGUUAUUUGGAGGAGGUUUGUUCUCAAUCGACUUAUUUUUAAAGUAAAACUCAUGGGUUGAAGGACCAAAGCUUUGUUGACGUAGAAGGUUCGUCUCUGUGGUCUUUCCCUCAUCAGGCCACCAAUCUGUCCAGUAAUGGAUCCGCGGUGCGAGAGAGCCGGGAGCCCAAGGAAAACAAAGUGCGCCUGAUGGCGACUCAGUUACUGGCGAAGUUUGAAAGUUCACCCACGACUGUCAGGAGAACACAGGUGAGAACAAACCAAAGUAUCUUCUUUUUCUGAGGGAGGACUUUGUUUUCAUUGAGGGUUUUUGUCUGAAAGUGAUGAAGUACACAUUUGUGAGUGUACUGUUUCAAAUGUAAAGACUUCUACUUGUCACUUUCUAUUCUUCCAGAUGAUAAACUGGAUUACUAACAGUUAAUUUCAGCUAAUCUAAUCAGACUAAACUUCUUUUUUUGCUCACGCUACAAAGUCUUGUUUCUCCAUUUAUCUGUCAUUUGAUCCUUUCUGCUUUUUCUCUUUCUUUGUCUUUUCAUUAAUGAUCUUUGAAACCUUUUUCCAAAGUCUCAGUCAGACUCUGAGAGGUCCUCUCCGACCCCGCUGCAGUCUCUUGACCUGACUGAGAGUCUGCACAAUAAACGCAGACCUCCAGUCCCACCUAAACCUCCUCCUGAGAAACAGGUAGUCUCUGGAGCCACUGGAGCAGAAUUAACACUCACAUAGAUUGAACAAACAGAAACCAAAAGCAUCGAGACAAUCCUCAACCUCAAACAGGGAUAUUUGUUUACUCCUUUUUCUUCACUGUGAUAAGACAUGUUGUUUAAACAUACAUCAAGCAUGUAAUCUCACAUCACCUACUCCAGUGUACCGCUGAAAGUACGUAUGUUAAUAUCCCUGAAAGAAGGAGUUGUUAGAUUUCUGUUUUGGAUAUUUAAAAGAACAUAUUGGUGGUUUUGGAAACAAAGCGUUUACUUUGGCUAAGACUGAAUGAUGUCCAGACGGAAAUCAGACAAAACACCUUAGGAGCUGCUGAAGUCAAAGCAUUGUAUUCAUAUUCAAAAGGCAAAGAAGCAAACACGCUAAAGAUGAUGAGAGGUGUGAGUGUAGCUGUUGGCUGUUGAUUUGUCAGACUGAAAAUGACACAGGGAACACGAACGCGAUUUUGGAUAAAAACUUCAUCAUCACAAUUUAAAGACCACUGAAAACACUUUGAGUAGUAAAAACAUAGGCUGUAUAAACUAUGGACAACUUGGUUCCGCCUCCCGUCAGUAUAUGGAUUUGAAGCCGAUAAGCUCUCGGUAUUUCUGCGUUUUCUCUCCACUUCCUGAAACCAACAUUGUGCAGGAGCGUUGUACCCAUUUGGCGGGAGAGUCGCAGAGAGUCGCUGUGAUGACGCUCGGUUUAACCAACGUAUCCCCCAGGUUAGCUACGUGAUACUCAAAUGCCUAUAGGCUGUAUCAGGUGUCAAUCAUAGAAAACAUGAACCCCCUAAUAACUUUUAAAAAUGGAGCUGCACAGAAAAAAAGAGGACUUCAGCACAAACCGGUCUUACAGUAACUACACGUCGAUAUAGCAACCAGAGGGGAGAAAGGGUUGUUGGCGGAGACUCGAUUUAUGACCUAUACUGCAGCCUGUCACCAGAGGGUGCUGUUCUCACCCAGCGUGGAGGCAGACGGCAUCAAUUCUAUAUACAGUCUAUAAGUAAAAAUAAAUGAUCGAAGUGGGACUUUCAGUAAACCAAAUAUUCUUGUCAAGGGAUUACGUAUCAAAGAUGGUUUCCAUAAAAAAGAAAGAAACAGCUCCAAAAGUGUUGUUUUGCUCUGAAAUGGACAGCAGCGUUGUCAAACGUGUGUGUUUAGUUAAUUAGUAAAAACAUUUAAAACCACCUGUAUGGAUCUUUUAAACUUUCCCCUCACAGAAUGAAAAGUGCAGAUUUACUGUCUGGUUUUCCUGGUGAGAAGUGAAAUGUCGGCUCAUCUCUGUAUAUUAUACUUUCCAGUUUGAAGUCAGUUUGAGAAAAGCUGCCCAACAAUUAGUCCACCCACCUCCAAAGACCCUGCCCAAACCUCAGCUCCAGCUCCAGCCUGAGUCUGAGCUUCUGUUUACUGUAGUGAAGCUCAGACAUGUCGAUCAAAAGCCCCCGCCUCAGCCUGAGAGCCCAGAGCCCCCUGCUCCUCCUCCUCCUCCUCCCUCCUGCCAGUCAGCAAUCAAUUUCAUGUCAAGAGUCCUGCAGCGCCUUAGGGAGGUUGAUGAGCACAUCUCUGAGGUGAUCUUUUCCUCUUUCUCUGAAUCUUUAACUUCACUUUCCUCCUCUGUCAGCUUAUUUUAUACCCUGUUUAUUGUUGCACGCUCUGAUCCCUGAAAAGGCCCCUGAGUGGAUGUUGAUUAUACAUUUGCCGUGAUUAUACAUUCAGGCUUUAGCAGCGUGUAGUCAGAUGUUGGAGUCAGCCCUUAAAUUACCCAGUCUGAGGAAAAUGGCAAAAACAGGCCUACAGAUCUGGCGAUGAAUGAGGCGGACACACAGGCGGGUUAUUUGCCAGUCUGAGUCUGAGUCGAGUGGAACAGGCUGACCAGAGCCACGCUGGAGACACUGACUGACUGUUUUUUUUCACAGCCAGCAGGCAUACGAGUCAAUAAGUAGAAAAACAGGUUUAUUUGUUGAGUAAAAACCUCUAUAUUUUCAUUGUUGAGUUCAAGUUUAUGUUCUGUAUCAUGACUAGUCCCACAUACUUUUUUUUCUGUGUCACUGCCACGUCUGUGCGGCUCUCUCAGUUUCUGGUUUCACUGCCGUAUGAGUAACCACAUCUAUCAGGGUGUGAAAUUGGUGUUAUAAAAAAUCUCGGUUCUGCACAGCGCUGUAAUUGUUCUCCUUCAGACAAUACCCACUCAGCUGUCAAAACCCGCUUCUUAUACGCUCGAACAGACAGGUCUUUCAUCUUGAAAUGGUGAAGUACUUAUUAAAAAGCUAUUACUUUGCCUUAUUACCUUGUUGAUGGAAGAAUGUAUGUCUUUGUGAUGAAGUGCUGAGACUGAUGGCUUGUCUGGUUGUUGCUGCGUUCGUGUCAUCCCGCAGAAAAAGGCUCAGACACAGCAGGCCAGAGAGUUUCAGACAAAGAGUAUAAAGGAAAAGGCUGUUCACCUUAAAGAGAUGUUCACAGGGGACAGCAAGGUGACUUUCUCAAGCUUGAUCUGUGUGACUCCACCCUGGCCUUGUGUUUUUGCACUGCCUGCUCUGCACAGUGUGUGUUUGAUGUGUGAUUUCGAAGUGAUGCACGCAGUUAUUUCUCUCCCUCUAUUAUCAUCCCUCACUGAAAUGAUAGUCAUGUCUCCUCAUGGAUAUUGUUAGAUUCAGGACUCUGUCAUAGAGAGGUUCGAGGAAACGUAAGCUGAGACUGUGAAAAUGGAUCUAAACCCUAAAAAGAUUUCUCCGAGCCAGUCCACAGCUGUUUUAAAUUCAGUGAAGAGUGUCUAGUUGGGAUUUGAAAUGUACUUUUUUGUGGGAUAUUCAGCAUUUAGAGAGAACCAGAGCAGGCAGAGCUACUAUCCAGACAGCAGCAGCAUGAUUUUAUUCCAUCUCAACUUUUUUUGCCAACCGCUUGCUCCUCUAGUUAUACCAACUUUAGUAACGAACGCACAAUAGCAAUACACGUUGGUCGACAUCUCAACGUGCAAACCUCAACCAAAACGCCACUUCAGCUAACUUCAUCAUCAGUACUAAACAGAGAGACUAAACACAACUCACCCACUCUCCUCCUGCAGCCGCUUGUUUGUGAGGGAGACCUGACAAUUCAAUCACCAAGUGCAGCGGAGUUUCACAGCUCAAGGAAGAACAGUUAUGAUCAUUACUUCAUGGAAAUGCAAUCAGACCAAGAAGAACUACCGCGUCUGCAGUGCAAAAUGAUUAAUGUGAUGAUUAUUACUUCAAGGAAAUGAUGGAGAAAUGAUCAUAAAUGUUCUUCCUUGAGCUGCGUCACCCCGCUGUAGUCCGUAAUGGACUGGACUGAGGUCUCGCUACAAACAAGCGGCUGCUGGAAGAGAGUGGGUGAGUUGUGUUUAGUCUCUUUGCUAAAGAAAUCAGGCAAAGUCAAAAAGAUGUUUGGUGGCUAGUACUAUGGCUGGGACCCUGUAUGUACUGUUGAUGAAGUUAGGUGCUGUUCUCAGCAUUAUUUGUGGCUAUAGAGUGGUUUUUGGUUGAGGUUUGUUGAGGUUUGUUUAUGUCUCCUCAGACCUCUGUGUAUUGCUAUCGUGCGGUCGUCACUAAAGUUGGUAUAACUAGAGAAGCAAGCGGUCGGCAACAUUCAUCUCUGGAGGGGGUGUCUGACUCAGUGUUACCGUAUGUUUGACCCUAACUCAAUUUUACGCUGGAAUAUCCCUUUAAUUUUUGGGACAUUCAUCUGUUAACUCUUGUCUGUACAUUUUCAUUUGCGUUCAUAAAGUGAACAGAUCAACACAUUGCAAAAAACAAAAAAGUGCAGCAUUGUGUGAACAUAAUAAAAACCAUCAUCUAAGCUGUAGUUUUACAAGUGUCUCCUUAAUCUCAACAGACAGAUUUAUGCAAAAGGACUGCUGCUUUGCAUGCGAGCUCCGCUUUGAACUGCUGUUUCUGCCCCUUGUGCUUUAAAAUACCAGCUGUGGCUUCAGAGGAGAAGUGUGUGUGUGCUUGCGGUGGCAUUUUAGUGGGUUUCUCUGCCCCACCCAUCCUACACAGCCAGCACCAACCCCACAGCCAGAUGUGACAGCAGGACUUACGCUAGUUAAGCAGAAAGGCUCAACUUUUAUGACAUAAUACAUAUGAAUCAAAUUUCAAUCCCAAAAAGCAAUUAGAAAACAACGAUCAGCUCCCUGACUGAACCACGUGUGUUUAUCUUUAACUGUGUGAACCGUGUGCAGAGGAGUUUGAGGUUGUGGGCCUGAAAGUAGAGAGGCUGGUCUCUGUAAUCGACCCCAGACUCAGAACCUCUAACAGAAGAACUCAGUCACAAUAUCUGUUCAUAUCUGUGCGACUCUUUUAAUCCCUCGGCCUGCUCUUUGUUUUUCAGGGUGGUUCAGUACGAAGGGCGUUCCCCCCGUCAGGUGACAGGUGUCACUUGUGUGAGAAGCGUGUUUACAUGGUGGAGAGGGUCUGUGCAGAGGGGCUUUACUUCCACAAGGAGUGUUUUCUCUGUUCGACCUGUGGCUCUACUCUGAGACUGGGAGCGCAUGCCUUUGACUCUGAGCAAGGUUUGUUUGUACCGUUUAAUGUCCGCUGGUAUUAUUUCCUGAUUGAAGCCCGUCACUAGACUCGCUUUGUGCUCUAACCUCACAGGUAAGCUGUACUGCCAACUUCACUUUGAUCAACGCAACAGCGGGACAAACCUGAGGAGGAACUUAUCGCACCGCUCGGUAAGAACUUUACAUUUUUAAGAAACAUCUGUCCUUUAAAGGCAUGGUUGAUGAUCUGAGUUCUCACUUGAAGGAUGACCCGAUGUUUGUCGAGUUAGAUUCCUGGGUGGUUCCUGUAGCUAAGCUGCUACGCUACUUUUAGCAGCUCAGAACUCCGAGGCGAUAGUUUUUUUUGUUGGAUGGUAGGGGAAAGUCCCGCCCCCUUCCCCUCUGGUUGGCUAGAGAAGCUGGAAACAUCAUCACACACUCAAGACAAAUGCGGGCUGUCGGCGAACAGAACAUUACAGAACAUUAUCACAAUUCUGAAUCUCCUAAUCCUAACCCUAACCUGUCAGACGAUGACCAUUCACAGCCAUUAGGAAUAACCAAUCGGAGCCCAGCACUUCUGGCCAAUUAGAGGUGGGACCCUCCCCUACCAUACUGGAAAAAAAAAUUGCGGCUGGUAGAGUGGGAGGGGAUGAGUCGGAAACACUGGAGAGGGGUGUGUCAGGGGUGUGAAUACAGUGAGGUGAUUGGAUGGAGAGGCGGAGCAGGAGAUUGGCCAAUAGGAGCUGUCUGGGACGGAUGGCUCCUAUUGGUCAAUGUUUUUGCAGCCCUGCACCUGCUAGGGUGAACAGAUUUUUUCCAUUCUUUUUCCUCUUCACUAUGUGGAGAUCGCACUAUAGGACCAUGAUCGCCAUAGAAACGAGGUUCAUAAUAAUCGUCAACCAUGCCUUAGAAUAUUUCUAUACUUACUUAUCUUUUAUUAAACUUUGAUGUUCUCUCAUGGUAGAUUCGUCAUGGUGCUGCAGUUCAGGAACAAUCUGCGAGUCACAGACACAGCUCGGAGUCCAGCAGCAUAGCAGACCUGCAGAGUGAAUCGUCAGCAGGUACCUUCAGCUCGUUCAUAAGGAAACGCCUGAGCUGGCCCCUGAGUGUGACCCGCUCAGUGUGUAAUGCCCCGUGGUAUCUGUCACAGCGCGUGCGUAGCACAGCGAGGGCCCUCGCCAACCAUCUGAGGGACAAUGCCCAGGACUACACUUUCCUCUAUGAGCUGCUGAGCAUGAGUUUGCCCCUGCUGCUUGUCUUACAGGAAGUCCUGCAGCAGAUGUACACAGAGGCUGUGCCUGAUGAACCGGGCUCCUUACAGCCUGUGCUGCUGUGGCUCCAGGAGCAGAUCGAACACAGGCUCAUGUAGACUCUAGCUGUAAAUAUUUGACUCAAACAUGCCUCCAGAUGCCAUUAAACAUGUGGCUGAGGUGCACAUUAUUCUUGCCAUUGCAUUAUUUAUAGUUUUACACAUGCACCUUUUUACGGUCGCCAGCCUUUUUGACGAAACAGACACUGUACUGCAUGAUAUUGGGAACAUUAUAGGGAUAAUAAAAGCUGCACCAAAUAUUUUUGCAGUGGGUUUAAUGUGGGUUAUGAGAACUUAAAUAGCUUUGGUUGUUAAAACAAAAGGGCCAAAGUCAGUGCAUUAAAGACUUGAGACUGCUGAAAUGUCAAAUCAUAAUUGCUGUAAAUACAACCUCCUAACUGUAUUGGAAAAGGAUCCUGUAGUUUUUAUAGUUUAACUCAGGCUAUGACUGACUGAUUUCAUGCACUUUAUCCUUCGUGAACCGCCUGGUCGACCACAUAAACUUCACGGACAGGAAGGUUUACUUUUGACUACAUACGUGCCUCUGCCAUGUGUUUUAUCUUUUAUCCAUGCAGGUGUGUGUUUUACAAAGAGGCCGACAGUUUACUCUGUGUUUACUUUCAGUUUUUAUUGGUAUUUUUCCUCAGAUUAACCAAAGAAUUGUUGAUGUUUUCAUGCUGUGGUCUGGAGUUUCUUUCUCAGUAUUUACUUUGACUUUGCUGCCAUCUACUGUUCACUGACAGAAUAACCACGAUGACAACAAAAAUACACUCCCCAUUCAUUGUUUUAACCUCUCCCUCAUAACAUUACAGACAUGAGAUGUUUAAUGGUUGAAUGCUGAAAUGUUUACUGUAGACAACAGAAGCAGCCGAGCAUGCUGUGAUGCGUUUGGAUGCGCUUGCUGCUCUCGCCUCGAUGUUGCAGGUCGACUGCAAACCUCUUUCGCAGGACGCCUCAUGGUUGCCUCCCUUUCAGACAAACUAUGUAAUGAUGCUUCUGAGGCACUUUGGAGUAUUUCUGAAUAAAUAUGCAGCACAUGUAUUUGUUAACCUUAUUCAGGCUCUAUUUGAAGUGUUUACAGCAUGUUGUGCUGGAUAUGCGACAUGUUUGUCUUUUGUUCUCAGCAACCUUAUAUUUCAUGUUGAAUGACUGAAUCUGCUGCUUGUGAUAUGAGCUAAAUCUCUGCUUUACAGCGCAGGAAAAUAAGUAGAAGAUUUCAGUGUUUUUAAAAUGCCAAAGAGCUGUUUUCACACAGACUUACUGGACUUACUGUGUAACAUGUUUUUUUUUUUUUUAUGUCUAUAUAUAACAAAGCGACAAUCAUGCAAACUGUAACUCGGUGCCAACACAAACAUUGUCCUCGUGAUGAAUGUCAGUAUUUUGUCAAGUUUCCAUCAUCUCUUGUUUAUGUCUAGUCUCUUAGAUCAUGUUUCUCUCUUCCCUUCAUUCAGCUGCAGCCUUUUAUGACGUGUGUGAGCCAGGAGAAAUGACAUUUUGAAGGUGAUCACCUGCAUGGUCACAUGCUUGUGUGUUAUUUUGAUGUGAUGUUGAUAAUAAAUGACUGGCACAGAGUGUCUGAUGUGACUAAACAGCUGUGCUGAGAAAAGGUUUUUCUUUGAGGCAAGACUGAACUAAACUGGAAACUAAUGAAUGGUUUUAGUGUGUGUGUUGUUAAUCCUUGGGCUGUUUUUUGGAACGAACAAGGCCUUUUUUUUUAUAAAUAUUUCUAAAGCAUGAAUUAAAAAGUGCAUUAAAAGAACCAGAAAAAUCAGGUCUUAAUUAAACUUCCUGUCAGGAACUUUUAACUAGAUUUGAAAAAAUCUCUUGUUUCUGCUGAUGUCUCCCCGUCACCUGCAACAGCAAAUGAGCCCAUCUGUGUGAAGAUAAGAUAAGAUAUUAGACAUUUACAGAGUAAGUGUCCUCAAACUGCUCACAAAAAAGUUAGUUUCUGGAGCCCUGAUGUGCGAGCCAGACAAGUGUCUCUACGACAGUACAGGCUAAAACACUACUGCUUUUGUCCAUGGUGGUUGCCAAAAUCAACAGAAAAUAAAAACUCCUUUCAGCUGCUUUAAACUUCUUGGAUUUUUUGUAAAAGUCUUCCUUAAAAACUGAAACAACCUUUUGAGUGAUCAGAAAACAAGUUUUUCUGACAUCCUUUAGUGAAUAAGUUUUUAAAGGGAUGAUAUUGUGUUGCAAAACCUUCAUUAGCAGAUAGAAAUACCUGUUUUUUAUCAGAUUUCAUACUAUGGAACUAUUGUCCUUAGAAAUUUACAGUAUGAACCCACUUUCUGGUACACAAGUCAAGCAGCUCCAUUUAACAACGGUCGAAGAGCACACACUAAAUACAAAAUUUCAUCAACAAAAUAUAUCGAGGCCUUUAAAACUCAUGCGAGGGACUUUCAAUUUGUGUCAAUGGCGCCCCCUUUGGACAAAGUUGUCUUUGCUUAUCUUGUCCAAGCAGUGUCUUCUGACAAGAAAAUAUAACUGCUGACUUUUGAUGGUCAAAGGUUUUAUGAACUGUGACUAUAUUUAUACAAUAUGGCUGUUUCUUUGGCUGCCUUACCCCCUUAGACUGGUUUGAGGCCUUCAAGACUAAAAUAUUGACAUUACCAAUCUUGUUGUCAAUGGUCUUGUUUGCUUGACACAUUUUCAUAAACAUUAAAAACUUCUCCCAGGAGCUUUAAUUUACUUUAACCUCAGAUUGAGCUCCAUUGUGACUGAAAAUCUCAUGUGCAACUUUGCAGAGGAAGAUGAGAUUUUAGAACACAUCAAAUACAUAAAUUCCAACGUUGUGACUAAGCCAACUUAACUUAAAUUUUUCUAAAUCAUACACGCAAGGAAGUUGAUCUAAUGGUUUGAUCAUGAAAGGCACUUUGAAUAUGAAAAGAUGGGUAAAAGAGAGACUUUCGUUGCGACAGAGGAGUCGGUUAAAUGAAGGGCCACAGGUGAUGGGAAAUGACAAUAUCUGCUCGAUGAAUCUUAGUCCGGACCUGAACAUUGAGUUUCUGCUCUGACAAACUCAACUCAGACUAUUUUGCUUUGAGGUGUGAAGAGCUCCACAAGGUUCUGGUCAGUUUAAAGUGGCGAGACGUUCCUUGAAAAUAUCCUCAAGAUAAGUCUGAAUGAAAAGGACGGUACUUUAAAAAGACCCUCACAGGCUCAUUGAAGGCCUCUCAGACCUCCAGUUUUUUUAAGGAUACACCUUGGAUAAAGCAGAGUGUAUCAGCAAUCAGAUAAAUUAAGUGCUAUGAUAUUUCAUUUGCUCUUUUACAUUUCUUUGAUAAUCAGCUUGUUUUAAUGCCCCCUGAAACAGGAGACUUAUGAGAGGACCUCUCUGUCUUUAACCUCUGUGACUCUAUUUUAUCACACAACAGGUCUGUAACCUGACUAAUAAAACACAUUUCUGACAUUUUUGCCUCCUUUGUUGGGAACGAAAAAGCGCUUUUAUGUUAAUACAGGAACUGUACAGGAAUGCACUUAUAGCAGGAGCUUUGAAACUCCAUUGACCUCAGUCGUUUUUGUGGUUCAGUCCUUGACUCAGAAACAACUCUGUUUCUAUUCUGCUGAAGCUUCUGGACUUCAAAAAAGAGGCUUAUUUAUUUCACCAUCCAAAAACGAUGUCCCACUUUCAACAGAUGAUUAAUUUUUAUCUACUUAGUUAAAUCAAAUGUCGAGUUCAUAUUUUAAACACUGGAAACUGUUCCCCAGUAGUCUUGUCUUGUGAGUUUUUAGUUUGUGUUUGACCCCGCUUUCCUCAUGUUUUCAGUGUUUCCUGUUUUGUUUUGUUGUAGUUUAUUCCCUGUGUUUCUAGUCUUGUUUGACUUCCUCAGUUUUCCCUCCUCUGUAAUUGUCCUCACCUGUGUCUCAGUGUCUCACCUGCCUCUCGUUGCUCGUUUCCCUGUGUGUGUGUAUAUAUAGUCCCUGUCUUCCCCUGUUUCUUGUUUGGUUUGUUGUGUGUUGUAUGAGUGUAGGUAGAGUUCAGUGUUUGCCUGUCUCUCUAGUGAUUUUUUUUUUUGGUUCUUUUGGAUUUUGUCUCUUGUGUUUUUCGCCUUUGGGAUUUUUGAAUUGGACAUUAUAAGAAAGUUUUUGUUCCUUUUUAUUUAGUUAAUUUUGAAUAAAUCAUUUUUGUUCUGCAUUUGGGCCCUUCCCUAUUUUGUUUAACUCCAAACCGUAACACAAAUUAUCUGGUUUAACUGUCUUAAUCUAACCCUCCUCCUGGGUUAGGGUCUGCACCAACCCGCUUUUGUUUUUAAAUGCUUAAAGGAACCACUUAAAUAAGCUUUUUCACAUCAAGACUUUUUGACUUUGUCAGGAACCUCUAUUUCAACAAAAUAAAAAUAAAAAUUAUAAAACGCUCUUACUAAAAUUAUGGCACUUGUAGUAUUAGGGUCACUGUUGACCCGGUUAGAUUAAUGUCUAAUAAUUGGAGCAUAAACUGAAGUCAUAAGUGCACUGACAGUCAGAUCCUCUUCCAAUCAUGUGAGAUUUAGGAAAUUCUCAUUUUUUCAUGUUUUUCCUGCACAACAAAAAAACAUUGUGCAUGUCCAUACAUGUGACAUCAAUUCAGUAUAGAUGUCUGUAUGAGGGGUAUACUGACAGAGAAAGGCCCAGAGACCCACAACAAAAAAAUAUUGUAAGCAAUAUUUUCAUGAAUAAUGAAGCCAAACCUAGAGAUGAGAGCUAAAUUGGAUGAUAAAUAAUUGUUUUUAGUGUAAUUUGCAGCUGAUUUAAGACACGGGUUGGUUUCGACCCGUUAACAUAGUGGGUGCGUAGUAAAAGCUAACACAGGAGGAUGGCUAAUCUGAUCUAAUUUUGCACAUUAAAAGUCAGUUUUUUGAAGUAGAGGUCGUAAUAAUCAAAGUGGAGAGUGGAUGUGUUCUCUGAUGUUCAGGUUUCUUCAUCUUCGUCUGUUUCUUCUUGUUCCUCCUGUAGAAGCUGCCCUGCAGGUGAGGUCUGACUUCACUCUGAAGAAUGAGAACUUCAGAACAAUGACGAGUUUUUAGAUUGUAGAAAAUCGAUGUGAAUUUUUCGAGUGUGUACGAGUUUUUUAACAAUAGUUUUUUUUUUUUCACCACAAAAUGUAUGUUUACAACUUCUGUCUGAUACUGUUAAAACUGGAGGUGAUCUAGUUCUGUGAAACACACUGAGAGUGGGAGUUUUUGAGUUAGUGAAGAGAAAAUAGUGGCCUGUAUUUUUUUUAUGUCUUGUAAACAAAACAGUUUUUUUAAUAGGAAAGUGUAAAAACUCACUCAUGGGGCUAAACCACUUAUUUAUAUGGUUUUUAAUCUAAAUCCAGCAAGAAAAUAAAAAAAUACUUCCAUAAAAUAUUUACAGAAAAGCAGGACAGUCUGAGUUUGUCCAGUAGGGGAGACCGGGGCUUGUUGUCACAUGGGUAAGUUGUCACAUUGUAAUUAUCUUUUCCACCACAGGGCGCAACAAAAAAGUGGAAUACUAGUUUUCUUUGUUUACAUGGUCAGGGGUCGUGUCCUGUCUGAGAAGAGAAGAGCCCAAAGUGAGCUGAGAUGAGCGCCAAUUAACCAUUUCGCACAACCCAAAGUAAAAAAAAAAUAACUUUAUAUAUUUUAAAAUAAGCUUCUUCCAGAUAAAAAUCCUAGCUGUGACACAUGUGGACUUGUUCGAGGAGAGAUUAAGACAUCUUGUCAUAGUUCAGUCAUUGUUCUGUUUUAGGCUAACUUUAAGCUAGAGCUAGAAUUAGCAAACAUGGUAGUUUGGGGCCACAUGUCUCAGUCAUUUUGGGGUUAGUUGUCACAUGUUUAAAAGGGAUUAAAGUUAACACAGAGAGUCUGCGUAUCAGUUGUCAUAUUGAAAUUUUGACUUUAUCUCUACAGAGAAAAGAGUGGUUUAAAGGAGAGGAGAAAGUGAGAAGAUGUGGUCAGGAAUUACCAAAGAAAAACUGACAUGAUGCUGAGGACAGUCAGGCAGGUGACCCUAGCUAAUAAAUCAAUCUGGAAGACAAUUAAGGACUUUAAUGUCAACUACCAUACCUUGGCUUGGUACUGCAAAAGAUUCACCCCAGCCGAAAUACAGAGUCAGACAGCUCUCCAAACUCCAGAGCAUGUUGAUAAUAUCUUAUGUUAACGUUUGUUCAAUGACUUUUUCGAGCUCAGUGAUAAACAUUUUCUGUGCCUGACUUUGAUGUUCACUUCAAGUAAAAAAAUGAGAACAACAAUAAUUUUGUCCUUGUUUUAUUAGCUGCAAAAUCCACUGACAUCUUACCCCAUAUAGUGAGACAACUUACCCGAUGGUGGGGCUACAUGUCACAUAUUCACACUCUCUAUUCGACUGCUUAUAACUCUGCACUGACACAAGAUAUGAAAAUAACACGAAUACAAAAUAUAUACCUGAGACUUUGAUCUUUCUUGUGGUACACAUUUUGUUUACAUAUGAUGUAUUGAUUGCAAGAAAUAUACAAGAGUGUUAAAAGUGUGACAACAAGCCCCGGUCUCCCCUACAUCUUGUCCACUCAAUCCAGUAUAGUCCUAAUCUAGCCAGGGGGGCAAAUUCAGGGGUGGCCCAGGGUGGUCUGGCCCCCUUGUAACCUGAUUGGUUACCCAGGGCGCCACCUCAACACUUUAAACUAUGACCCGCUUUGCAGUGACUUUUGUUAAAACCAGCUACUGUAUGUGGGCUGUGUUUAAAACAGGCUGUGUAGAACUUUCUUGGCAGAUGUGAGGACAGGAGAUGUUGAUGUUGCUGCUCUGUUGUGUUACUUGCAGGAAAAUAGAGACGUAACACUUCUGAAAUGAUGGAGGUCAAAGUUCAAAUGUGACCAUUUUUGAUUGAUGUUCAUGUGCAGACUCAAAGUGGACGAAGGAACAGGUUUUCCUGCUGAACUGUCCACGUUUAGGCAUCUAAUAAAGCAAAUUUAGACAAACAGACUUCAAGUUUUUAAGGAUGUAUUGGGGU